AUGCGCCCUUGCCUGCUUUCGCCGCGCGCGGCGCCGACUUGCGCUUGCUGGAUGUGGCCCCUCUUCCUGGUUUGUGGCCCUUCGCGCCCGCCACGCCGGCGAAGUUGCAUGUGUGGUCGGCUCUUGGUUGCGGUGUGGGUUUGGCCCCGGCCCGCAUUUGUUGUCGCGGCGCCGGGCUACAUUAUUUUCGGCCGCGGCCGGUUCCCGCUUGCCUUCAUUGCUUGGCCCCACUCGAAGCCAGCCACGCCCGAUCACGUACCAGCGUGCGCGCUACUGAAGAUCUGCUCCAGAAAGAGAUGAAUGCAGCAGGUCUCUCGGCAUCUUUCAGCCGGAGGAACUCUAACUACCUACGACCCUCAAUCCGGUUCGGCGCAAUGCCUGGAUCAUUUAUCAGCCCGUACUGUUGUGCGGCUUGUGUUCUGGUUUUCACCCUCAUCUUUGUCAGGCAGUUGUUGGUCGUCUGUUCUAUCUUUAUCUUGUAUGUAAUCUCUUUGGCAUUUCAUGGCAGAUCGCUCCCAAUUGAGUAGCAGUCCUCGCGCAGGUUUGUAUUGUGCUCGCACCUAUGUAUCAAUUAUACGCGACGUGAUGGGGCAACUAACGAAAGGGCUGCCUCGUGCCCCUGGGCUCCCUCAACUCCCGUUUGUAAAACAACAGCCGUGCUGGUGGAGCAGAAGCACCGUCACAUUGCAAAACAAUGGGACUCACCGCAGUGCGGCAGAUGCUCUUGCAGGUCCGGGAUCCUUUCAUACCACAUACAUAAUACAACAAACCAUCACUCGGCUGAUGUCCAGCUCGUCUUGUUCCUCCACAAAUCUUCCCAACUCACAACCGUAUUGCCCGCUGCCUAUGCGGAAGGUAACAAGAACAAACGCCUCCCCCCUCCGACCACUCUUCUCUCCUUCCCCCAUCCUCCUCGGCCCGAAGAAGAAGAACGCGGGCGGCGGCAAGGACGCCGGGCAGCAGACGGUCGCUCCGGGUGCGGGGGACGUCUUCAACAUUUUCGCCAACGUACCCGACGUGCAGCUGCAGCCGGACGAGGCGUAUCCGAAGUGGCUGUGGGACGUGGAGAAGCCGCAGCCGACGUACGGCGAGCUCUCCCUGAUGUUCAUCUACGGCCAGAACAUCGAGGCUGCGACGCUUCCGCUCUACAAUCGGUUCCUCCGCAUGCACCGAAAACUUUGCAUCAAGGUAAACAACUUAAGGCUGAAAAAAUCAAAAAGACGGGCGUCGAUUCAGGUGGACUGAGCUUUAUUUUGUUGGGAAAACGAAAACGAAUCAAAUCUGCAAUACCAAGAAUCUGAGAAUAAAG